AUGCUUCCCCUCUUGACUCAGAGUGGUAUCUGCUUUGACUUCGUAGAGAAAUUACCAAAAAUACAACUUUUCACCAUCAUCACUGAAAUUGUGAGAGAAUGGACAAAAAUAUUAAGUGUUGCCAUGGGUAGCAGAGCCAAUACAGUGGUCGUUCAUGGUGAAAUUCAGACCAUGGUAGACUGGAGAAAUAUGUUCUGGUUUUCUGAAAUUGUGGAUAUGCCAAUGAAGGGGCGAGGCAAAGUGUGGAUUCUGACCGCGGAGAUGGAUUUCACAUCACUGUCCUAUCAAAGAGGUUGGGACAUAGAUUUCCUUCAUGGCACGCUAUCCUUUGCCAUUCACUCAAAGGAGGCAUUAGGAUUUCAUGAAUUUCUCAAGAUGAGGAAGCCAUCUCUAGAAAAAGAAGAUGGUUUUAUCAAAGACUUCUGGCAACAGGCAUUUGACUGCUCAUUCCCCAACAAUGUGGAAGAAAAGUGGAUUGAGAAAAUUUGCACUGGGGAAGAGAAGCUGGAGGCUCUUCCUACAUCUGUUUUUGAAAUGAGCAUGACCAGCCACAGCUAUAGCAUCUACAAUGCUGUCUAUGCUGUGGCACAUGCUUUGCAUGCCAUGCAUCCAUCCAUCUUGAAGCAUAGAACAAUGAGGAAUGGAGAAAAAAUGAAGCUUCUGAAACAACAGCCAUGGCAGUCCUUUCUCAGACUCAAAGUUGGAGGGAUAAACCCAAAUGCUCCCCAAGAUGAAGCAUUCACCAUUUCUGAGUGUGCCAUUGUGUGGCCCAGGGUAUUUAACCAGAUCCAGCCUCUUUCAGUGUGCAAUGACAAUUGCCAGCUGGGUUAUAGGAAGAUGAAGAAGGAAGGAAAACCCUUUUGCUGCUAUGACUGCCUCCGAUGUCCAGAAGGAAAGAUUUCAAACCAGAAGGAUAUGAAUUUUUGUUUAAAAUGUGCAGAAGACCAUUAUUCGAACAAUAACCGGGAUUUCUGCAUUCCCAAAGAUAUAGCUUUCUUGUCGUAUGCAGAGCCUUUGGGGAUAUGUUUGGCCACUUCUGCUCUUGCCUUUUCUUUUAUCACAGCUUUGGUGCUCGGAACCUUCAUGAAGCACCACAGCACUCCCAUAGUCAAGGCCAACAACCAGAACCUCUCCUACACACUCCUCAUCUCCCUCUUGCUCUCCUUCCUUUGCAUUUUGCUUUUCAUUGGCCGACCCGAGAAAUGGACCUGUCUUCUUCAGCAAACUGUUUUUGGCUUCAUCUUUUCGGUAGCAGUUUCUUGCAUAUUGGCCAAAACGAUCACUGUGAUUCUAGCUUUCAAAGCCACCAAGCCAGGAUCCAGGUUGAAGAAAUGGGUGGGGAAAGGACUGGGCAAUUCCAUUGUUUGUUUCUGCUCCUUAAUUCAAGCUGCUAUUUGUACUAUCUGGAUGGCAACAUCUCCUCCAUUUCCAGAUUUCAACAUGCACUCCACCACUAAAGAGAUUGUACUGGAAUGCAAUGAAGGUUCAGUCACCAUGUUUUACUGUGUCCUGGGCUUUAUGGGCUUCUUGGCCAUUCUCAGCUUCUUUGUGGCUUUCCUAGCCAGGACUUUACCAGACAGUUUUAAUGAAGCCAAGUUCAUCACCUUCAGCAUGUUGGUCUUCUGCGGUGUUUGGCUGUCCUUUGUUCCAACCUAUUUCAGCACAAAAGGAAAAUACAUGGUGGCUGUGGAGAUCUUCUCCAUCUUGGCCUCUAGUGCUGGGUUACUGGUUUGUGUCUUUUUCCCCAAAUUCUACAUCAUUUUGCUGAGUCCUGAUCUGAACAAAAGGGAACAGUUAACAAAAAGAAAAAGAUGA